UUAUCAAUGGAGUCGGACAAAAUUGGUACAUGUCAAUGUUUUUAGCUCAGAAACGUGUGUUUAUGCCUUGAAAUACUCUCCGAUCGCUUGAUUUCUGUUUAUAUCCGAAUUAAGAGAGACCCAAGAACAACCAGCUUUUGAAGAGUCAUGAAUUCAACUGUACUAUUUGGCAUUACGAUAAGAGUAUUCUCGCAACCAACAUGAUGCGGAUAUAGAGACAAUGAAGAGACAAUAAAAAUGUUGCAAAAUGGAUGAUAAUGAAAAACCGCAUAGAGUUGCCGACUACUUUGUCGUUACAGGACUUAGCAGACAUGCCGAAAGGAAUUUGGAUGGAGACGGCACAAGGUUCGACCCAAUCACAGAUGUAACAGUUAUUUUUAAGAGUAAAGGUGAAGUUCCACCAGAAGGGUUCACCUGUGUUGAAAAAACACCAACUGGGUACACAGCUGAUCUGAAUUCGGGAUCACUUAGAAGUGACUCAUGCUUCCUGUGUUAUCGGCGGGGAAGAGAUAAGCCACCAAUUGUGGACAUUGGUGUUCUUUAUGAAGGUAAAGAACGGCUCAUCGCUGGUUGUGAUAUACUAGACACAACUCCUCAAGGACAUUCUGCAAACAUCAGUGAUAGUUCUAGUAAUAGAAUAUUUAUUACAUAUCGGAGAUCUUCUGCAAAGGUGACGCACACAUCCUUAGCUGUCACCCAUAUUAACGUGAUCAACACUAGCAAGGGUGAGCAGACACCUCAUGCAUUUUGUUUAAUUCAAAAAAACCUGAAUAAAGGAAUGGUUAGUUCGGAUGUCUUCCUGUGUUAUCGAAAAUCACCAGCCAGACCUCACUGCAUCACAUACGAAGCAGAAAUCCUUAGUCGAUAUCCAAAAGAAGAUUUGGCUGGUUUCCCAUUGCCACCAAAAGUCCCGAACUUUAGUUUACCAAUGGGUGCUAUCGUUGAGUGUUGGCCUCGAAAAUCCCCCCAUCCAUUGCCAAUAUUUUCCACAUUCAUCCUCACUCGUCAGGAAGGACAAAAGGUUUACGGAGCCGGCGUUACGUUUUUCGAGGAGCUUCCUGAAGACCAAGUCACUGAAGAAAUGAAAAAGUGUUUAAACAUCUCAACAAAUGACAAAGAUUUGGGCGACUUGAGACAAAUCGUUCAUUCCAACAAGUGUAUUGCUCUGCUCUCCCACUGGCCUUUCUUUGAAGCUUUUAAAAAGUUUCUAUCGUCUUUGUAUCGUAUCUCUGUCUCGACCCAGCCGAUUCCCUUAGAAAGAUAUAUUUCGCAUUUUAUGCUUAAUGUUCCUUUCCCAUCUCCGCAAAGGCCCAGGAUUCUCGUUCAGAUGAAUCUUUACGAGCCGUUUGAAAUAUGUCAGCCGUACUUAAGAAGUUUGCCUGUCAGUGGCGCAUCAUUUUCUGCUCUACUCCGUUGGCUUGGUCCAGAAAAUUCCAUCAAGUUAUUUUAUUACGCACUAACUGAACAUAAACUUCUCAUUCACUCACUCCGAGCUGCGCUUCUUACGAGUGUUUCCGAAGCUCUUGUCAGUAUAAUCUUUCCAUUCUCUUGGCAAUGCCCUUUUGUCCCUCUGUGUCCCGUGGCGUUAUCCGAUAUCCUCAAUGCACCCUGUCCUUUUAUUGUUGGAAUCGAUUCCCGCUAUUUUGAGCUGUGCGAUCCACCAGAUGACGUCAUUUGUGUUGAUCUCGAUACAAAUAUGAUAUCACCAAUCUACGAUAAAACCCCUUUCUCCUGGAAAUUGUUUCCAAAGAAACCUGGAAAGGCGCUGUUGGAUAAACUUCAGAUUCAGUAUGCAAAACUUCACCAGCUCUGUCGUGGUGAGGAGGGAACUGGUUCUGACAAUGCGAUAGAGUUAGCACCAUUGGAACACGAUUCAUCCCAUGCAAAGAAAAGGCUGAAUAUCGAGGUCGCCAUCCAAGAAGCAUUCUUAAGAUUCAACAUCACCAUCUUGAAAGGAUACAGGUCGUACUUGAAGCCAAUCACUGAAGCCCCAAAGAAUAUGAUGGAUCUCAGUCAAGAGUCAUUAUUUGAUUUACAAGGUUUCCUAAAAUCUCGACCAAGUUCAUUUCACAAGUUUCUUCAAAUCAUCACAAAGACUCAGUUGUUCUGCCGAUUUAUUGAGCAGCGGUCUUUCGUGUCAUCCCAAGAUCCUUAUUUGGAAUUCUACGACGAAUGCUCGGAAAGGGCUGACAACGAUCAACCUCUUAUAGAGAUAGAUGAUGUCACAAGCAACAGAACGUAUGUUGUCACCCCCCUGGCGCCCAAUGAUCAUGAUCCUCAAAAGCAAUACAGUUACCCCACAUUUCCUGAACUACAAGACGAGCUGUUUAUCACAGAGACCUCGCAGUCUGUUCCUCAAGUCGUGUCCAGUCCUGUCUCGGUCUACGGCAAGCGUACACCGAAGGAACGUCAUGAGUCUGUGAAGAGCGUGAAGAAGAUUGAAAAGAAUCCAUCGCUAUGGUCCAGUUGUCUCUUGGCGUAUUGCUACAGCAUUUGGUUCAUUCAUCUCCCGGCUUACGUGAGAUCACAUCACAAUAAAGCCAAGGCAUUGCUUAAUGCUUAUGAGAUUCUUUGCAAAAUGCAGAAGGGGAAAGUUCAGCUUCCCGAUGAGGUCUGUUAUCGUAUUUUGAUGAAAUUAUGUGGUCAGUAUGAUCACCCGGCUUUGGCUGUGAAGGCGUAUUAUGAGAUGAAAAGGAAUGGUUUUGAACCAAAUGCUGUCACGUAUGGUUAUUAUAUGAAGGCUGUUUUCGAAGGAAAGUGGCCCUCGACUUCGACCAGUUUUCAAAGAUGGCGUCGCAUGUUUCAUUUCAUCUCCGCUGUAAAUUACAUGUUGAAAUUUAAAGAACGAAAGCGUCCGAUAGAAAUCAAGACGUAUUUAUUUGACGAAACUGAGCGCUCCAACUCUGAGUUCUUUCCUGGGAACUUCAAGGAGUCGAACGACAGCGGUAUUGAUGAUUUAGAACCGUCCCCAGGUCGUUUCCGCGCGGAUAGUGGAGUAUCGUCAAAGUCCUCGUCCCAAACUGAUCUUUCUGACGUCUUUGGCGGGAAAGUUGACCUAACAAGAUCGCUUAGCACCAAUUCUACUGAUUCUUCGCAAUAUCAGGUUUUCAUUAACGCUGAUGAUAUCUCCGGGGAUCUGGGAACGGAAGGUUAUCAGAAUACGACAUCAAGUAUCGACUUUGUUGAUUGGCGCAGCCAUUGUGGAAUGGUUCCACGUGACGUCUCGUUCGAAGCAUUAAUAUGUAGUUGCAACCAGUGUAAGAAUUGUGAAAAAUAUAUUUACGAUGAAGAGAUUAUGGCCGGAUGGACAUCAGAUGAUUCAAACCUUAACACAAGCUGUCCAUAUUGUGCGACCAAUCAAGCUGUUUCACUGACAAUCAAAAUUAAGGAUUACAGAAACUGUUCAUCAAGAGACGGCAGUAAUUUCUCUUCAACCCCCUCAAGUUACUCCAGCAGUGACUUCCUACCCACCGUGGACACCCCAAGCGCUUCAAACCCCUCUCUUCCCAUACCCAACAUUGCGCGGCGAAUAAUACAAGACGAAUCCCCCGGAUUAGCAAGCUCGUUCUCCCCCCCUGGUGCGACUAAACCCGUGAACAUUCGCCCACGGAAUCGAUACCCCUCGAGUGCCCCGUGCAGCGCGCACAAUAGCCCUGGGACGGGUCUCAUGCAAGCUAGUCCCAAGCCUCGUCGUCUUGGAAUCACACGGUCAAACAGUAUUCCUGGGAUUGGAAGUCAAAGCAGUCUUUACGCUAUCCCAGAAGAGAGAGAUGUCAUAUCGGUGAAUUACGUCAGUCCUCUGGUCCUGAGGAAAGAACUGGAAAAUUUGAUGGACAAUGAGGGUGUCGGGGCGCUGGAAUCCCCUGAUAUCAUUAGAGAAAAACAAGUGAUAUUUUGGAACAUGGCUUGGUAUUUUCGACGUCUAAAUUUACCGACACAUUUGACGGACCACAUUUACGGAAAUUAUGGCGAUGACGAUCCGUUUGACCGCCCCAAGGAUUUUGAUGGUCAAGUUAUUGUUUCCACGUCGUGGGACUCUGAACGACCAAAUGACAACGACCAUAUUCCAUUGUAUGUCUUGUGGAACGUCCCUGCUCAUGAGCACCAAGAUGCAACUAUAGACGAGAGAUCCUGGACCCCCAGGAGUGUCGUCCAGUCUGUUGUGGCACAUAUCAAGAGGAACGACAUCGCAAAUCCGUUUGGAUUUCUUUUCGAGGAACGAAACAGACAGAAGCUAAUCAAUCCUAACAUACAAUGGAGUAUUUAUAGAGAAAUGUUAUUCCUGUCUUUGAUGGCCUGUGGCUCUGACAACAUUGUGAUAGAUUCAUUUGAUAAAGAGUACAGACGAACAUAUCGAUAUCUCCAUCGCGAUGGCAUCAACAGUGUGCACCCUUUUACUAACGAAGAUCAUCCGCUGGCCACCCGCGCCAUGUUUUGCAGGCGCGCCUUCAAGCCUCCCACAUUACAACCAAGAUUGCCGCCAAGUCAGUAUUUUCUGAGUCAAGGCCUUAUUAACGACGACUAAGCGACCCCUGUAUGGUCGAUUUCAACCAAAAAAUGAUGUACAUAGUUUGUUGAACUGGGGCCAUCCUUAAAACCCCCGCUAUUUUGCGUCCAAGACCGGCUUACACUCCAAUGAAAUCUUCUGCGACUGCUUUGUAAUCACGAUGGUAAUCAGUAAUCGCCCAGGAAAAAUUUACCUGUGCAAGUGUACUUAAAUUAAAGCCGAUGAACUGACCUUCCUUCCAUCCAGCUCGGAAAUCACCGGCGGAGAAUUCCGACUGCGGUCAAAUAGUGUAAACAGGUUUUCACGAGACUUCAAAUCAACCUUUAUGUCUGAAACUCGACCAAAACUUUCCGCAUUCUUUGGACUUCAACAGUACUUAAUUUAUAGUGCAUUCUAGUCAGUCCUAAGACUUGCUUCUUUCGCUGGGCGCUUUAAAAUAAUAUUUAGAACCUAAUGUUGCAAAUGCUCAUUCAACAUUUAUCAAAGUCCUAGUUAUUCAUAACCUUACGCUAGGAUUUAAAACUUCAUUCAAUGUUCCGGAUUAAUUUUUUUCUCUUGUGUAAACAGCAGCAUGAAUAUAUAUAUACUCCGUAAAAUUUGUUAAAAUCAGUUGCGCUGGUCAGCUUGCGAUAAAAAUUGCUGCGUGUUGGUUAAGUGUUUUUAAAGUAAUUGUUUAAUAUGAUAUUAAAUUAAAUGUUUGAGUUUUUGUAAUAUAAUAUAAAACUGUCAAAAGGUGUGAUAAAUAGAUGUAAUUGUAAGUAAAAGUGAUUUAGGAUUCGUUAAUUUUGUU